UUAAACCUGGAGCACAUUAUUCGUUGGUUCACCAAAAAGUAAGCCUCGUUUUUUCUAAAAUAUUCAAAUUCUGUUCGUUGAAUAAUCAUUCAAAUGGUGAAAACUGAAAAAAAAAAGCUUUGUGAGGGAUAGAUAUCUGCUUUAGUUUGGAUCAACAUUGUGAACAUGGGUUGCUGAUGAUAUCAAAAACCUUUAGAAAAGAAGCAUAAGCAUCACAUUCAUCGGCUUCAACCUCAGAAAACUUCCGAUUCAUGAAAAAUUCUCACCUGUUUGAUUGACCAGGGAGGAAGGUUCUGGAGAAUAAGAAACUCUUUAUCUAAGAAAGGAUUCUCCUUCCAUUCCAGACCUCACGUGGGGUCCAAGUAUGGGGUACCGGUUAUCUGACGCCGCAGGCUUUACAUAUGGUUGUCCGAUCGAAGCGGCCCUCCUCCGCCUGCAAAACUCUCCCUGCGUUCUGAAGAAAAAAGAGAAAGAUAACCAGAAUGCUGGAAGUAGUUAGAUACCUUACCGGAGCGGUUGGUCCGAGCGGCUUUGGCUCCAAGUCUACAGCCGAGCAGGUAACGGAAGCAGGAGCGUACACCCUCCGAGGCAUUACCGCGAUCAUCACAGGAGCCACGUCCGGUAUCGGCGCGGAGACUGCUCGGGUGCUGGCCAAGCGAGGGGCGCGGCUCGUCCUCCCGGCUCGGGAUGUGAAAGCUGCGGAGGAGACGAAGAGCCGAAUAGUAGAGGAAUUCCCCGGAGCUGAAAUCAUCGUCAUGGCUCUGGAUCUAAGCUCCAUGGCUUCCGUCAGGAGCUUCGUCUCCGAGUUCGAGCGGCUCGGCUUGCCCGUAAACAUCCUCAUAAAUAACGCCGGAAAGUUUUGCCACAAGCAUGCCGUGUCAGAAGACGGAAUCGAGAUGUCGUUCGCAACGAAUCAUCUCGGGCAUUUUUUGUUGACGAACCUAUUGCUCAGCAAGAUGAUCGAGACGGCGGAGCUUUCCAGCAAAGAAGGACGGAUAGUGAAUGUCUCUUCCAGCAUUCAUGGCUGGUUCGACGGCGACCGCAUAUGUUACGAGCAACUGUUAUGCGGGAAGAAAAAUCCUUCCUUUUACGGCGGCAAGUACGAUCCUACUCGAGCUUAUGCAGUCUCCAAACUGGCGAACGUUCUCCACAGCAAGGAAUUAUCGAAGAGGCUCAAGACAAUGAACGCGAAUGUGACGGUGAACUCUGUUCAUCCGGGGAUAGUUCGGACUCGGCUCACCCGGGAACGUGAAGGACUACUGACAGGCCGCCGCGACGACGUGCUACGUAGCGACGCAUCCAAGGGUAGGCGGCGUCUCCGGCCGUUACUUCGCGGACUGCAAUGAGGCGCCGACGUCGAAAUUAGGAGCAAGCGACAGAGAGGCGGCCCGGCUGUGGGAGACAUCGGAGGACAUGACGAAGAAGUGGCAGUUGAAGAGAUCGGCCGUCCAUCCCUCGUGAAGCGGAUAAACAAAUCGGCUGCCUUUUGCUCGUGUGCUCCGAUCUGUGAGUUCUUUCUUCCGUCAUCGGGAUUGACGGAAAAGUACCGAAGGUUGCCCAUGAAGAUUCUUCAGGGUUAGAUGCCAAAUUUUUCAGCGGAAGCAGAAGGGGGAAAGAGGGAGGGGAAAAAAAAAAGAGUGGGAAAUGGUGAGACAGCGCGUGGCUUUCCAUGUACGUUUCGUUUUUGUACCGAGUGAUUCCUGUACAAAAAUAAUCUUACAUAUGUGGAACACACUGCCUAAUUAUCAUAGAAAAUUACCAUUGUCCGUCUUCUAUGGAUAAUUAUAAGGCAUAGAAGUGUUCGGUUCAUUCAUGUAGAUAUUAUGUUUUUAGAUCAUACAAAAUGGGAUAGUUCAUCUCAUUCAAGUCCUCCUAA